CGCAUCGCCAUCUUGACGGUCUGCCACCUGGCAGUCUGGUGAUUUCAAAGGGAAAAGCAAAAAGGGAAAAGUCCAAGACGAAAUGGAGGAAAUGAUUCCUCCAAGCGAUUUGAAAUGUGAGGUAGGAGCGACAAUGAGAAGCCUCGACGUUCGUCCACACUUCACGGGGCUCUUUUCAGAAAUUCUGGAGAUUCCCAGUUCGGGCUAGUGAGCAGCUCUCCUAAUGGGGUUUAGCCGGUGCCUCCCACCGACGCGGUGCUUUGCGCGACUCGGCAAGCAGCAUUCGAACCUCAGGAACAUCAUCUCCACCAUCGAGACUUGCCCUUCUAUGUGGACGCCGGGGCGGUCUCAAACCAUCUAAUCAAUUUAGUUUUAUCGCGGAUUAUUCUCCAGGCACCGCCAAGCUGUUGUCGCGUCUGUUCGGCUUCACCUCGUCGCAAACAAUGCCGCCACCCGUGGCCGACUUGUCGGAUGACGAAUCCACCGGAGAGUCUAUCCCUUACGAUGAGGUUGAAGAUAAAAAGAACGGAGUUGAGGAAUCCAAUGAUGCGGACGACGACGAGGAAGACGACCUUUACGUAGUCGAGAAGAUCCUGGGCCACACAUUCAAGGGAAAUAAACUACUGUUCCAAGUGAAAUGGCAAGGCUACGAAGACCCCAGUGAUCAGACUAUGGAGCCAGAGGAGAACCUCGAUGGUGCACAGGAUGUUCUUGAAGAGUACUUCAAGUUUAUCGGAGGACGACCGGAAAAGCCACAACCCAAAAAGCGCAAAUCUAUGGGUCGACCACCCAAAGCGACACAGGAAAAGAAGCCAGAGCCGAAGAGGCGGAGAAGAUCACGAGCGCCGGACAACGAAGAGAUAGAUGCGGACGAAGAAAAGCCAAGAGAACAAGAAAAGGAAAAGGAAGGUCAAGUGCCGGACUGGAUGCCCAAGUCCAAGAACUGGGAGAAAGAGGUCAAAGCUGUUGAUACCAUAGUUCGCGAGGGUGAUAGUCUGGUGGCUUACCUGCACUGGAAUAACGAUAAGAAGUCCAAGGUUUCUAUUGAGACCUGUUAUGAAAGGUGUCCGCACAAGAUGCUUAAAUUCUACGAACAACACCUGUGAGUUCCGCCUAAACCGUGGGAAACCCAACGAGUCUAACGUCU